AGGUGAUAAAACAUAACAUCUCUCUCCAAAUGAUGUUUUGUUUUCAGGUGAAAGGGAGGGGACUCAGUCAGCACACCUUCGGACCGGCGUACUUCCUGCAUCUACCGCUGUGAUAUAUAAACCCGUCGCGCAGAACGGCAGCCGAAAUCCUCUUAUAGUUUGACUAGUCUCGGCUACUGCUGGAACUGAGCAUCUGAGCAGCAGCUCUCUCUCUAUCUCUCUCUCUCUCUCUCCUGUCCACUAUUCUAACUGGAAGGUUGGAAGAGUGUCGCCUGGCAACGCAGGUACAAGAUACGGCUGAAAGUAGAAGAUUAAAUCCAGACUUCGCAUACAGCCUUUGAGAAAUCAGAAAAAGAAGCAGACAUGAAUGCUCCGCACUUUGCCAUAGACUUUCUGCUGCUGUGCAUAUCUUGCGGAGCAAGUGUAUUGGCAGCGAACUCUCCCACCGUGUCCUCGACGCUGCCAGCCACCAAUUUCACCGACCUUGGCUCAGCGUUCAGCUAUGGAGAAGCAGACAACGAGAAUAUCAUUCUGACCAGGAAGAAGCGUUAUAUUUCCCAAAACGACAUGCUUGUCAUUCUCGAUUAUCACAAUAAAGUAAGAGGGAAAGUUUUCCCUCCGGCGUCCAAUAUGGAGUACAUGACGUGGGACGAGACCCUGUCUAAAUCAGCGGAGGACUGGGCCCACUCGUGUCUGUGGGAGCACGGACCUCGACACCUCCUCAGGUUCCUGGGCCAGAACCUCUCUGUCAGGACCGGACGCUACCGCUCUAUUCUCCAGUUGGUGAAGCCCUGGCACGAUGAAGUAAAGGACUAUGUGUUCCCUUACCCCCGGGACUGCAACCCCCGGUGCCCUCUCAAAUGCUAUGGACCGAUGUGUACACAUUAUACCCAGAUGGUUUGGGCCACGACGAACAAAGUCGGCUGUGCUGUACACACCUGUCACAAUAUGAACAUAUGGGGCAACGUGUGGAAACAGGCUACCUUCUUAGUGUGCAACUAUUCAUCCAAGGGGAACUGGAUCGGAGAGGCACCCUACAAAGUAGGCGUCCCGUGCUCCGCCUGUCCCCCGAGCUACGGAGGCUCCUGUACCAACAACAUGUGCUUUCCAGCCCUCAACACAAACUAUCUGCAGUGGUUCAAAUAGAGCCCGGAGUCCCUGUCCAGACUAAGGCUACGUCCCAAAUCAUACCCUAUUCCCUAUUGCCAUUUGGUGCUAACACGCUGACCCCCGACCCCAACACAGAGACUUUUCCCCCCCUGAAGGAUUUGCACAACAGUCGUGGAAAACACUUAUUUAAGAUUAAAGAAUACAUUUAUAAUAAUGUGUACAUAGAA